CCCCCCCAACAAGUCGAGGAGUGUUCCCCCCCCCCUCCUCUCGACUAUUUAAUUAAAAGCUUGUGCAUGGUGGCUUCUGUGGCGUCGAGAAUGGCACUUUAGCAGUGCCCUUGUGUUGUAUUUGAUUGAGUAUACGAGCGCUGCUUUCUUCCCCCAGAACCGUGCUUGCUUCAACGGUGGAUCGACACAACGUGCAUCCGACAAGAUGUCGAGCGGGUCGGCUCGCCUUCUGAAUACCCUCUCCCCGUCUGUCGAGUCGAGUUUCCAGGACCCUUACCUGUCAGCACCCUCCGACCCCGAGGAGGAGUCGUUUAGAUCGGCAGGCAUCAGACUCACUCCCGCCGCCAACGAUGCUCCGACAACUGCUCGCUUGGGGAGCGGUAGAGAAUCGCCCGUCAACGCUGCAGCGGGCCAGGUAGACUCGCUGGCGGUCCAACCGACCUACUUCCAAGACUUCCUCAGCCCCGCCGAGGAACUCUACAGCGAAGUCAGCGGCCACACUUCCCCCGACGAGGAGCUGUUCCUCGGGAGCUUCGAGACAGAACUUCGGACAGAACAAUCGCAGACAUGGUGGCCGACUGUCGAGGUCUCUCCGCAGCAGGAAGGACUGCGCCCCCCUACUGCUGCAUAUCACCCGUCGGGGCCGUCACUACAGCUACUGACUCCGGACCCAACAAACCACUCGACCCCGUCGGCAUCUGGAUCUCUCCAGCCCCAGGGCGUAUCCCUGCAGAGUCGUUUGCUUCAGAUGCCUAUGUUGAUCACCAACCAUUCCAAUAAGGACAACACUCUCAAUGUAGCCGUGACCCCAGACUCAGCCACCAGCCGCAGCCCCAAAAUUAAGAUCGAGAGAUACUCGCGUGGCGAUUCGCCCGAGCGCGAAAUUCUCCCUGCGAACCGUCGCCAUAGCCAAUCCAUCCAUCAUCUGUCGCCUGGCGGCAUGAACUCGGCGAGUGAACCGGAUGACGAAGAAGAAGAGGAGGAGAAGGAGGAGGAAGACAUGAAUGACGGCCGCUCUCCAGCCAAGCAACCCGUCUCUCGUGCGAGCGAUGGUUCCUGGAUGCCUGGUAUUGUCACCGGCCAGGGAGGGUUGGACCCCUCCUCUAGAGGAAAUGAUUAUGUUCCCAGCCCGAACGAAAUGGGGAACAAGCGUCAGCUGGAAGAAAAGAACGAAGAUAUCCGAUCGUGGUCGAAAUCCGUCAGCGCGGCAAACAGCGAUGCCGAGGACAGUGGUCGCCGCCGGUCCCGAGGCCGUAAAGUCUUUCCCGGGGUCAGACCCAGAGCAAAGAGCGCAGGGGACCGCCAGGACUAUUUCAACUUGAAAAUAAUCCCAGGUCCCGGGAUUCUCAUUGACGAGAGUAGCGGAGAUGACUACAGCGAUCGGGACUCUGAUUCCGGUUCGACGUUAAGUUCGCCGCAGUCUCCGCCAGUGAGCGCCACCCACAAAAUAUGGGAGAAUGCCGAUGAUUUCAGACCGUCAGAGCUCGAGAACUACAGCUUCCCCGCGAGACAGCCCUUUGACGUCCAUCCGUGGCGAGACGGACCCACGGAUGAAACCCCAAGAGCUGAAAAGUUGCAACCAGACAGUUCGAAUGCCGCCAUAAUGGAGUACGAACGGCGCGCCAAAGAGAUGGACAACAUCUCCCGGGCGGCGACCUGGGGUACCCGGAAUCUAAGCGAUAUUGACCUAGCAAGCCUCAUGGAUAAAAGUGGUUCAAUCCGUCCGAAAGACUCUGCAGCAAGCCCUACCACUAGCAAACCCAGCAGACGCGGCAGCCUCCUGGAGAAGUUGAGGCAUCAACUAUCCAACAAGUCGACAAGCCAGGCAACAACCAUCGAGACAACCAACCAGAAACAUGAGCCAGUGGAUGCUAGGAAAUAUGAGGUCUCAAGACCAUCAAUUACCCGGAAAUUCAGCAUUGGGCGACCAACAUCCCCAUCUCUCAGCACCAGCAGCGCGCUUGUCGCGAUGACAGGGCAGAUGGCUGCAAUCGGUGGCACGGGCGCUGUGUCCCAAAACAUGACUGGAAGAUCCCAGUGCAACCUGAAGCGCGGGCGAGCCAGAAGUGAUUUACCAAUACCAUCGAGUCCAGGUUUACUAAGUCUCAUCAAGAGCCACGGCGGACCUCCAGUAGGGAACAUUGCGCUUUCGCCUCUGCUUGCUGGCGGGGCUUCAAAGGUAAAACUCGGCCGGGGAGAAGUUGAGAGUAAUCUUUGUGAUGAUGAGGACGACGAUAACGACGAUGACGACGACGAAGAAAUGGGAAAUGAACCCGGCUUGACGAUGGACUUUCCUAUCCCCCAACAACUCCCCUUGCCGACGUAUGAGGGGUUCAAAACCCAGAUCUUCAGGCUUAAUCCUCGGUUGGAGCCAGCAUUGCUCCAUCGGCUUGCCCACGAACAGGUCCGCCGGUACAAGGCUCUUGUGGAAACGAAUCGGAAGCACCGUCAGGCUGUCAUCCAAGGAAAAUGCACUGCGGGUUCGUCAUGUUUUGCCCAGGGCGGCAAAGCCAAGCUGGGCUCCCGGAAUUCCGACUCGACAUAUGCUCAAUUUCAAGUCUCGGGACACCACGAAGAUGGCCAUAACCCCGCCACCCUCCCCGAGGAGAACGCCAUCCCUCGGGCGCAGUUCCCACCCGGUGUACCUUUACCCCCGGUCGAACGGCUGCCGGCCGAAUUUGAGUGCCCUCUAUGUUUCAAGGUGAAGAAGUUUCAGAAGCCAUCCGAUUGGACGAAACACGUUCACGAAGAUAUUCAGCCGUUCACCUGCACCUUCCCUGACUGCAACGAGCCCAAAUCCUUCAAGCGCAAAGCUGACUGGGUUCGACACGAGGGUGAGAAACAUCGGCAACUCGAGUGGUGGGCAUGCGAGUUCCCCGAAUGCAACCACAAGUGCCACCGCAAGGACAACUUUGUGCAGCAUCUGACCCGGGAGCACAAAAUGCCCGAGGUCAAGAUCAGGAAGUCCAAGGGCCGUGAUUCCAUGGCCAAGUCUGGGGGCGCCGAUGAAGCCAGGCGUGAGAGAGAGCUCCGGGAGCUGUGGCAUAUGGUAGAUCGGUGCCGCCACGAAUCACCCAAGAAUCCUCGAAACGAACCGUGCAGGUUCUGUGGCAACGUGUGCAGCUCCUGGAAGAAGUUGACCGUGCAUCUUGCGAAGCACAUGGAACAAAUCGCCAUGCCGGUCUUGCGGAUGGUUGAGGAGCGCCCCUCGGCUCUGCCCACGGGGGCGAGUCCGAUGGAUAGACGCCCGCCGCUGGUAACAGCCUCACCACAGCCCAUCUCCCCUGAGGAUAAGGCCGGUGUGGGCCAGGCGGAAUAUUCGGAGACCCCGGUUAACAAAUCCGCUUCCGAAAUAGCGUCCGAUUUUUCGAACAUGCACUGUUCUCCUACUACUGUCGCGGUUCAGAGCAACGAAUUACUUCCCAUGUCGGCGGCUUACCACGCUUCUGCAUCCUAUCCAGCGCCCUUUCACAGACCCCAGCCUACUACAAUCGUACCAGGUAAUGCACCGGGCGGCAUACCCUCUUCCUCUUAUUCGCAGCUGGGUGUUCUGAAUCCCCAGGUCGGUACGCAGCUGGCGACAUCCAUGUCCUAUGUCCCCAAACACCAGAACUCGGCCUCUUAUCCGCCACCGUUUAACGCGAUUCCUAACCUCAAUAUCCCUGUGUCGCGCAGUCCCUACGAUCUUUCAGUCAACACGGCCGAUAUAACCUCCCUCUUUGACGCCCAGAAUUCGCUCCACGCCUCGCCCAUCGCGUCGAGUAAUCUGGUGCCCCCGGUGGCGUACGAGACCGACUAUCAGGGUGUUGUCGACAUGAGCACCAUGGAUUCGGCGUCGUACAGCACGCAGUACUACCAGUAUACAAAUGUGGACCAUCAGUAUUCUGCGGCAUGAUAGUUCUUUUGUAUAUCACCCGCUCAUUCGAAACUCUCGAGGCUCAAUCAACAUGAACAGAUACCCUAUUGCCCUUUUUUCUUUCCUUCUUUUUUUUAGGAAAUUCCUUUUUCUUUGCUUUUGGCACUUGCCUUAGUAUUGGAGACAUUAGCUUUUGAAGCGGUUCUAUAUUCUACCGGGAAUGUGACGAUUUGGAUAUCUUUUUUGGCUUCGUUUCUGAUGAUCGAACAUACUAUCAUUACCAUGUACAGACCAGAGUACCUUCAUUACG